AUGCAACCAAGCAUGGUUCAAGUACUGAGGCAUUGGGUGCCACCUAUAGAGAGAAACCACUUUAUGUGGGCUUACUGUGGUAUUACCACAGGAACUUUCUGCACGUUUCUUAUGUGCGCCGCAGUGCACUACUACUCUCGAUGGCCAGUAGGAUUCUUCAUAUCCGGGGGAAUGCAAAUUAUCUGGUCAAUUACUUGGGUCCUCAUUGUAACAGAUUGUCCUAGGAAGCAUCCUUACAUAUCAAAUGAUGAAAUGACGUAUUUAAUUAAUACUAUUGGUGACAUAUUUCCGAUUAAAAUAACUAACUCUCAAGCUCCUUGGAAUCUCAUUGUUAGAUCUGCGCCGUUUUGGACGUUGUGCAUCCUUAACUUUGGAUAUUCUUGGAUGAUAAUCUCGCUUUGUCUUUUUGGUCCAUUAUACUACUCUAAGGUCUCCAAAUUCAGCAUUUACAGUGCAUCAGCAAUUACAGCGCUUCCCUUUUUCUUGCGUUUAGUGUUGGGAACAAUUCUUAUUCAAACCUUUCACAAGUACAAACAUAGGCCUCGAGUAAGAGAGAUUAACCACUUAAGAAAAUAUUUUAUUGUUGUCUCUCAUGUGAUCCCAGGACUUUUGAUAUGUGUGUCGUGGAUGCUGCCUAUCAUACCGGGCCCUCUUCUGCUAACCAUAGCUGUGGCAUUGACCGCUGCGGGAAUGGACCUUACAUUAGACUUGUGCUAUGAGCUUUCGCCAACAUUUGUAAAUUCUCUUAAUACUGUUAUCAAAAUUAUUGGGAACACAUCGGGUAUAAUCGUCUCCCUUUGUGUUGGACAAGUGACAUACAGAUUUAGCAAUCUUCCUAUCGUCUGGAAGCAUAUUUGGUGUUUCCACGCCCUAAUAUUAUUACUAAGUGGACUUAUAUUUUUAAUAUGGGGAGAAACUGAAAUACAGCCUUGGAAUCAAACUCGAAGAGUAAGAGUGCAUCGAAAAAUAGGCUCGCUGAAACACACGAUCAAUCCUUUACCGUCAAUAAUGUCCAACAUAUCUGAAGAAGGAAGUGUCAGAUCAUCAAUGAUAACGAUGGCUCAAAAUUAA